AUGAGUGGCAGGAUAUUCGCUGCGCUGCUGGUGCUGUUCGGGGCCCGGUUCAGUGCGUGCAACAGUUUGCCGUGUGACUUCAUCGACUCGGUCAACAUAACGGCCGGCGAGCGGCUAGCGAACGGGGACAUCCGGCACGAUGGGGUGGUGUACAACUCAACCUUCUACCGGACGAUCGACUACGAUUACGUGGACUUUGCGUCGCGGAGGUACGUCGCGCCCUACGUCCGGGGCUGCCUGUGCGCGGUGCGGAUCUGCGUGCGGUUGUGCUGCGCCGACAACGAGUACCUGACCAGGACCUGUGUGGCAACGAACGUGUCCUUACCGAUCAAGGUGAACGUGAGUGAAACGGAAGCGAUUGACCUACGGAACAGCACCUACUACGGGUUCCUGCGCGGUAAGCCCUGCGCGCAUGUGUACGAACUGACGCCACAGGAGCGCACCGAGGACUAUUGGACCGUCGCAAAGAAUGGCAGUGUUAUCAUUGCGGAAACAAUGCUUGUGCCGCGGAACGAGUACUGCCUAGCGCCCCGGGAGAACGAACCGUACGUCUCCGGGCUGAUCUGCUUCGAGUCGAAUGAGGAGUUUAAGUACCAACUCUAUCCAGUCGGCAUGCUGAUUUCGGUGCCGUUCCUGCUGAUGACAUUCUUCGUGUACGCCUGCAUCCCGGAGCUGCGGAACAUGCACGGCAAGUCGCUGAUGUGCUACGUCCUGGGGCUGAGCGUCGGCUACACCGUCCUCUCGCUGGUGCAGCUGCAAACGUUCCCCGGCGCGAGCAUAUCGUGCGCCAUCUCCGGCUACAUCGUCUACUUCUCGUUCAUGGUUAGCUUCUUCUGGCUGAAUGUGAUGUCUUUCGACAUCUACUGGACGUUCAAAGGCGUGACGGGAGUUCGCAGCACGGAAACGAAGAAGUUCCUGCUGUACUCGCUGUACGCGUGGGGAUGCCCGGUCCUGAUGGUAGCGGGCGCCCUCGUUGCAGAUCACACCGAUCUGCUGCCGAUCUACCUUCGCCCGCAGUUUGGCACGUCCAGAUGUCUGUUUGUCGGAAAUAAACUCAUCGAGUUUCUCUACCUUUACCUGCCGCUGCUGAUUCUGGUGUUUACGAACGUGCUGUUCUUUGUGAUAACUGCACUGCGGAUCUACAAGAUCCAGUGCGAGACGUCGGUCGUUCGCCGUGGAGACUCGAAGCGCCAUACCAAACUGGACAACGAUCGUGAUAGAUUCGGACUUUACUUGCGGCUGUUCAUCGUCAUGGGUGUCACCUGGUCGCUGGAAAUCAUUUCCUGGGUGGUGGGCAACAAUGCGUGGAUAUUCUACGUCUCGGACGUGUGCAACUGCAUCCAGGGGUUCCUCAUCUUCGCGCUGUUCGUGUUGAAGCAGAAAAUUAAACGAUUAAUUUACAGAAGGUUCGGUAUCAAAGAGACCAGACAGGAGCAAACGAUGUCCACGUGCAGCUCGCGUACCACGGCCACCACGACUUCGUCCUACAACGGUUCCAAAACGGAAAAACCGUUGGUCAUGCAGACCAACACCAGCUUCGGAUCGGUGGCACCACGGCGACUGUAGGGACCUGAACCUAUUCCACAAAAUCUCACUAAGCGUUCGUAGUUCCGUCACGAGGACCAGCUUGCAAACUGGGAUCACCAUCGAGGAUCCUUGAGCACGAACAAGGGGGCCGGAGGGCAUAACGAAACGAAGUUCGGGGCAUAGUACAGUGGCAUCGGUGCAUGACAGGUAGGGACGGAGGGCAUAAAUCAGUAUUUUAUUUAGUGUAUCGUCAAAAAAUAGAAGGCAUAGCUUAGCAAUACCCGCAUUAUUGUACAUUCGGCCACCAACACAAGCACGUUCACGCAUCUAGACACGGCCACCACCAAAAAUCUACCUCGAGAGAAGCUGGGUUGAGCACGAAAUGAAAUUGAUCCUUUAGAGUUUAGGCGCUGUAUUCAUCCUCAAGAAGUAACCAAAUGUAUUGAUGUUGUGUACGUGAAUCACAGCCGGUGCACCGGUCAGUUCGGUGUUUUCGGUGUCCCAUAACUGGCCAUUUGUAUUGCAACAACUGCUUAAACAUAACCGCGUAAGUUGUUUGGGUACAUUCCAUGCAUUUGUAGAUCAGCUUAGUAUGAAAGCGAAA